UUGUCAGGGUCCCUGACUGAAUUUUGUCAGGCUGUGUCGCUUUAUCUGAUCUCAGGCAUCUGAUUUUUAUGGUAGCUUUGCUUGCUGGAUCAUUUGAAGGCCUUAAGCCUUUUUCCUCUCAUUUCUCCAUCAUAACCUCAUUUUUUUGCCGUCUUUGUAACGUGUUUGUGAGUGUGAGUGGAUGAAUGUGUGUAUGGAGGAGAAGGAAAUGGAGAAGGAGGAGGAGGAGGAGGAGGAGGAGGGAGAAGGCCAUUUUGGCCCUGCCGGUGCAGAGCGUGCAGAUGUUAAUAACAGUAAUGGAGGACAGGCUGGCUGCUGUGAGCUCCACCACUAGAAUGCAGGCAGCAGUGGGAUUAGCGCUGGUGGCUAACCUGAAUAGCCCAUCCUCAUCUUUCUGAAUUUGAUCUUUUCUCCGUACCAUGGGAUUUUUCGUGUCACAACACGAUUUAUGAGGAUGUUUGGCCAAAACUGCUUGUGUUCCUUCACAAUAUAACGGUUAAACCAGAUUAAACCAGUUUCAUCUAUCUAGGUUAAUAUAUUUUUAUGUUACACCAGUACACUGUACAUAUCAUUUAGAAACCAGACACCAUGAUGUGUAGAUUAUUGGUUAGAAGCGGAGCUAGUGUUACCCCAAAGUCAAUUAUUUUUCUACAUGCGUUCAUACAUUCUCUUAUACUGCAUCAACGUGCCAACAAUCCUUUAAUAGUUAAUAGGUCAGGGAAUGUCUACAAAACAAGUUCCUGUUGUCACUUACAUUAUAGCAGCUAUAAACAGUCGUUUCCUCAGCAGACUAUAUCUCUUUACUUCAAUUUAUUGAAAACAAAAACCAAGCUUGUUGCAUUACCAGGAAACUGAGAAGUGUAAAGACGUCUGUGCGUAAGAUGUCAGAAAAUUAUCUGUUACAAAGCGCUGACACUGGAGACUCCUUCCAUAAAUGCAGAAAGUCUCAUUAUUCAUUUUUUAAUUCAUCUGUAACGUGGAUCAUCUGCUAAACGAGUCCUCUGAGAAUGAACUGUUACUAUAGAAUGUAUUUAUAAUGAAUCAACACUUUCUGACCAAUCACAAUCCAGAAUGCAGCAUGCAGUACAUCCAAUAGCCAGUGCUAAUACAGGGUUUUAGCUCAUAUCCAUAAGACCAUGGGCGACAUGAAAACCCCGGACUUCGAUGAUCUACUUGCGGCCUUUGACAUUCCUGAUAUGGUCGACCCCAAGGCCGCUAUCGAAUCCGGCCACGAUGACCACGAGGGGCAGCUCAAACCAAACAUCCACCAUGAUGAGGACUCCCACGUUCCCUCAACACCAGAUGUCGGAGUGAGCGUUAUUGUCAAGAAUGUUCGAAACAUCGAUGCUAAUGAUCACUCGCUUUCAGACAAAGAGAUCCAUUCGUCAGUCGGAAACGGAAUACACAACGGGUUCUUGGCCAUGUCGCCUAACAACAGGUUUAGCAAAGAUGGCGACAAGCAUCAAAAAGGUGGAAAUCAUGGAACAGAAGUAACUGGCUCCAGGUAUAACCAGUUUAGCCCCAUUUCCAGUGCUGACGAGUUUGAUGAUGAUGACAAGAUUGAAGUAGAUGACCCUUUGGACAGGCAAAACAAUUUACCUUGUUUCAGACCAAAUCCUCUUACAGGACUUAGUUCUAAGCGUGAGGAGCUUCAUUCUAAUCUUUCAGGCAAUGGUCCAUCUAAGAUGGGAACUAAUGGCAGUUACAACCAUUCAAAAACUGGAAACACUAAUACCAAUGGUACUUUAGGAAACCCAAAUGCCUAUGAUCCUCCAAAACUAAGAAAAACAGAGGACCAAGUCAAAGAGGUACUCAAUGGCCAAGAUGGGAAAGAAGGAAGGGAGCCAGUUGUUGGGUUGAGUAUGUCCAACCUGUCUCAAGCCAAGGCUAAAUCAUCUGCCAAGCUCUCAUCCUGCAUUGCUGCUAUUGCUGCUCUUAGUGCAAAAAAGGCCAGCACGGACUUGACAGCUGCUGAACCCACUGUCAAUAAUCAGGACUCUCCAAAAGAGGCUAAGGAGAGUCCAAAAAUGACAGAAAAAAUCCCAGAGCAAGAGUCAGCCCUGGAGCUUUCCAAGAAAAUGCUUUCCAAACAGCCAGAGAGUCCUUGUAGUGUUACCAGCGAGAACAGCAGCAAGGGGUCUCCCUCAUCCCCUGCGGGAUCCACCCCUGUCAUUCCCAAAGUGCGUAUUAAAACCAUCAAGACGUCUUCAGGCCAGAUCAAGAGGACUGUCACCAGGGUACUGCCAGAGUUUGACCCUGAAGGUCUGAAGAAGGGUAUCGACUCGGGAUCCAUUGUGGUAUCUUCCUUCUUGUCUUCUCCCACAUCAAACUCUGUUUUGUCAUCUCCUACCCGAACAGCACUCCCUACCACUGUGGUGGCCACUUCUGGAGGUUCAACCAUUGAAGUCACGAAGCAAAUGACCAUCAAGCCUGUUGCUACUGCCUUUCUACCAGUGUCUGCAGUAAAAACUGCUGGUUCCCAGGUAAUUAACUUAAAAUUGGCAAACAAUACAACAGUAAAAGCCACGGUCAUACCUGCUGCAUCUGUUCAAAGUGCCAGCAAUGCCAUCCUCAAAGCUGCCAAUGCUAUUCAGCAACAAACUGUUGUGGUACCUGCUUCCAGCCUUGCCAACACCAAACUUGUGCCAAAGACUCUUCAUCUUACCAACUUGAACCUUCUUCCUCAAGCUACAUCAGCUUCCGAACUCCACCAGGUUUUGUCCAAACCCCAGCAACCCAUCAAACAAGCCAUGAUGGCUAGUCAACCUCCUAAGAAAGUGUCCCGUGUGCAGGUGCUGGCCAGUUCUCAGAGUUCAGUUGUCGAGGCCUUCAACAAAGUCUUGAGCAGCAUCAACCCUGUGCCGGUGUAUGUCCCAAACCUGUGCCCUCCCUCCUCAGCAUGUAUUUCUUUACCGUCCCGUGGCUAUAAAUGCCUUGAGUGUGGUGACUCCUUUGCUCUCGAGAAAAGUCUAACUCAACAUUAUGAGAGAAGAAGUGUUCGUAUUGAAGUUACAUGCAACCACUGCUCCAAGAACUUGGUCUUUUACAACAAGUGCAGUCUUCUAUCCCAUGCCAGAGGCCACAAGGACAAAGGUGUGGUCAUGCAGUGUUCCCACCUUAUCUUAAAGCCCAUCCCUGCGGAUCAGAUGAUCUUGGCCCCAUCUGUGACCUCUAGUGCCCCCAUUUCAACUACAGGUCAUGGUUCUUCUACAGGAAAUCAAGGGAAAAGUGAAACAACAGUGAUCUCGGCACCUUCUUCUGUGCCUGUAGUGGCUGCCAUGCCCCUAGAUGAAGAUGUUUCCCGAGUGUGUCGAUCGAAUCUCAAGUGCUUGGAGUGUAACGAGCUGUUUCAGGAUGAGUCGUCUCUGGCCAUGCACUAUCAACAGGCUGCUGAGUCAAGUGGACAAAAAUCCUGCACCAUCUGCCAAAUGCUGCUGCCAAACCAGUGCAGCUUCGCCUCUCAUCAGCGAAUCCAUCAGCACAAGUCUCCGUACAUCUGCCCAGAGUGCGGCGCCAUCUGUCGCUCCGUCCAUUUCCAAUCCCAUGUCACCAAGAACUGCCUGCACUACACGCGCCGAGUGGGCUACCGGUGUGUCCACUGUAGCGUGAUCUUUGCUGACGUCGCUGCUCUUAAGUCACAUACCCAGGGCUCGCACUGUGAGAUCUUCUACAAAUGCCCUAUCUGCCCCAUGGCCUUCAAAUCUGCCCCGGGAACUCACUCGCAUGCCUACACUCAGCACCCGGGUGUGAAGAUUGGAGAGCCCAAGUUGAUCUACAAGUGCUCUAUGUGUGAUACCGUCUUCACCCAGCAGAUUCUGCUCUACACACACUUUGACCAGCAUCUUUCCAGUCAGAAAGUGUCUGUGUUCAAGUGUCCGGACUGCUCCAUGCACUACGCCCAGAAGCAGCUCAUGCUAGAUCAUAUUAAGUCGACACACGGGACACUUAAGACCAUCGACGGUCCCCCGAACCUCGGCAUUAACCUCCCGCUCAGUAGCAAGCCCAUCAACUCCCUGACCCCCAAUUCCAACAGCAAAGACUCAGCUCCCCUAAACAGCCUGGACAAGGAGGGCAAGAAGCCCUCGUCUCCAGUGAAGAAAACCGCCAAAGGGACAGACGACCGACACAAAAAACCUGUCUCGUCCUCCAUGUUGUCCUCGGGUCCUGGCUGGACGUGUAAGGAGUGCGAUCGGCUAUUCACACAGAGAGAAGUCUUCAUUGCUCACAUGAAGAGAGAGCAUGGGAAGCAGCUGAAGAAGCAUCCGUGUCGUCAGUGCGAGAAGUCGUUCAGUUCCUCACACAGUCUCUGCAGACAUAAUCGCAUCAAACAUAAAGGCGUCCGAAAAGUUUACUCCUGUCCUCACUGUUCGGACUCCAAACGCACUUUCACCAAGAGGCUGCUGCUGGAGAAACACAUCCAGCUGAUACACGGCAUGAAGGAGGCGGAGAGAAGGUCAGCGCUGGAGUCCAGCAGCACGGAGGAGGCCGCUGUUAAAGAGCAGGUACGCAGCCCCAAACGAAAGCUCAACUCUGAUGGCGAGGACGCCGAAGAAGAGGAAGAGGAAGAAGAUGAGGAAGAGCGCCGUGAGGGAAUCCCCAGCCACGAGCGCACGGCCUCCUCGUGCCCUCAGCCCAUGAAGAAGCUGAAGGUGAGCGUGUUAAAGACUCACAGAUGUGCCGUGUGCACCUUCUCCACCACCGAGCUGCCAAUCUUCCAGAAACAUCUCCCGUCGCACAAGACGGACGGCUCGUCGCACCAGUGCUCCGAGUGCGGCCUGUGCUACACGUCGCGCCACUCGCUCGCGCGCCACCUCUUCAUUGUGCACAAGAUGAAGGAGCCUCCGAACUCCGAGCAGCAGGAGAACGCUCCCAACGUGCCGGACACGCAGUGCAGGGUGUGCGGCAAGACGUUCGACACAGAGCCUGCUCUAAACACACACAUGCGCACGCACGGCAUGGCCUUCAUAAAAUCCAAGAGACUGAGCGCGGCUGAGAAGUGACACUCCAAUCUCAAACGCUAAUACAGAGCCUCAUUUGGGACAGAACCCACCUUCAUAAUCAGAGACACUGAGAUAUGGAAGCAGGGAUAAACCUGGAAAAACAGGGAAAAAAGGACGUGCGGAAAAACACGGCCUUAAACACGUACGCGCACAUGCGGGGAAACACCCGGCUAUUUUUUUUCACUGAAACAUGUGGAUAGAAGGUGGACCACAGAGACGUUCUCCGUCUCCUUCCUGCAUCUCUGUACGCCUCACGUAUAUACGACUUCUAUAUAAAUACACAUAUCUAUGAGAAAUGUAUAAAUAUAAAUAAGCACACUUGUGUGUUUGAGGAGAUGUAAUAUAUUGAAAGUGGAAUUAUGUGUAUUUAAAUAUCUAUGAAAAAGGCAUUUUGUACACUUUAUGAUAGAUGUUUGUAUGGAUGUCUGAUAGAUCUUUUUAUACGGCAGAAGUUUUAUUUUCUAUUAGACCCGUCUCGUCCUUGUGUUCUCCAACCAGCCAGAGCUAGUCGUCGUCUCCAGGGUCCGGACCCGUCCACUCGGAUUAAGCUGGAAUUCAUUUCGAGCUUUUUUAUUAAACUGUCCGUUCAGAUUCGAGAGAGGUUCUGGACCGAACUUUACCGCACAUGUAUUUGUUUAAGCAAAGACAUGUUUGGUAUCUGACGUGUAAAUCAUCUCAUCUCAUCUCACCUCACCAACAUCGCUUGCACACUGGGUAAAAUAUAUAUAUCAAUCUCAAUCCCUUCUGUGUCAGACAAUUCAACCUGCAGAAUGUAGGCCACGCCCCCUUCACUCCCCCUCCUGGAGUAUGUUUAUUUUGUCACUUUUAAUUUGCUAUAUUUAUUUGUCAGAUUUAAGAAAUGAUGUUAAAGGAAAUGUUCCCACAAUGUGAAGGAGAAGCUGAGCUAGCUCUCGUUAACUUCAUUCAAAAUUCUAUCCGUUAAAAAUAGCCAAUUAAGAUCUCCUUCUUAAGAGUCUCCGCCCAUAUUUAUGUGUUAAAUAUCAGUAUUUUAUCAGAUGCCAUUCCACAGUGUGUUGAGUUUGAGUGUAUUUACAGCCAGAACAUUGAUUUCCUCCAGCGGUUGAAUCAGACAUCUCACUCGAGCCGAUAUCACGCAAGGUGUAACCGAGACACGCCCUUUUUUUAGACAAACUCCGCCCCCUGGGGCUUCUGAAUGGUGUGAAUACUGCAGCGUGAUUUCAGUAUUAAAUCCUCACUGCAUGUUUAACUCGAAUUCAGACACCAAACAUGUCUCCUCUGAUCGACUGCCUUUCUGUUCUGUUCUUUAGACCAAAGUGUUUACUUUUGAUCUGUAUUUGUUUCUCAUUUAUUUUGUUUACAUCAAGCAGGACCAUUUAAUUAUUUUUAUUUCCUUUAGUCUUAAUUUUUAUUUGAUUCUUUCAUGAGAAACUGCUGAAAUCCAGAUGCAGAGCACAUUACUGGAUCGAUGGUAUGUUUUAGUUCUUACAUAACCCUCAGAUAUCAGGUGUUUCCCGCUCUGCUCCGCAAUUCUGGCUUAUUUUAAAACUUGAAGAUGCUUCUUUAUGAAAAAAUAUUUGCCAAAUUUCCUUUUAUUUCCCCCCGCUAAUUCACAGGCAUUUCAUUUCUCUCCGUAGACUCGGCUGCUCGUCCUGAUUCGCUUGCGUUGAAUGAAAGAAUGUGUCUGUAAACAUGAAACUGGAAUGUUUUCCAAGCUGUUAGCCGUUAGCUAAGAUGUUUUUCAACAUUUUCAACUGGUGAGACGUGAGAUAUUGUAUAAGCAAAUAAUGACAAUAAAAAAAAACCUUUAUUACAGUG